CCCAUGAAUUUCGUAAUCGCUUGAACCCUCUUCUUCCUCCUCCCUCCUCCCCGUUCCGGCCUAGAGAAAUCGCUGGACCGCCGAUUAGACGGGAUCGCAGUAAGAAUCUCGGAUUCUUCCGGGAGAUUUUCCCGGCGAAAUACAAGAGAAGGAAAUUAGGGGAAAGAUAAGAUGACAACCCGAAUAGCUCCAGGAGUUGGAGCGAAUCUGCUUGGCCAACACUCCGCUGAACGGAACCAAGACGCUACUGUCUAUGUCGGAAAUCUCGAUCCCCAGAUUUCUGAAGAGUUGCUGUGGGAAUUGUUCGUUCAAGCCGGCCCCGUAGUCAAUGUGUAUGCCCCGAAAGAUAGGGUGACAAAUCUUCAUCAAGGGUAUGGAUUUGUUGAAUUCCGUAGCGAGGAGGAUGCUGACUAUGCAAUUAAGGUUCUGAACAUGAUUAAGCUUUACGGGAAACCUAUACGUGUUAACAAGGCAUCUCAAGAUAAGAAGAGCUUGGAUGUCGGUGCUAACCUUUUUAUCGGAAACCUUGACCCUGAUGUGGAUGAGAAACUGCUAUACGAUACCUUCAGUGCAUUCGGAGUCAUUGUUGCUAAUCCUAAGAUAAUGCGAGAUCCUGAUACAGGGAACUCGAGAGGUUUCGGUUUCAUCAGCUAUGAUUCUUUCGAGGCGUCUGAUGCUGCUAUAGAGGCCAUGAAUGGCCAGUACCUCUGUAACCGGCAAAUAACAGCCUCAUAUGCAUACAAGAAAGACACUAAAGGAGAACGGCAUGGUACCCCUGCAGAGAGGCUUUUAGCUGCCAACAAUCCAAAUGCCCAGAAAAGCAGACCCCAUACCCUAUUUGCAAGUGGCCCUCCAUCACUUGCCAAUGCUGCUGCUCAACCCAAUGGUGCACCAUCUCGGCCAUUCGCCAAUGGGAACAUGCCACCUGUCCCGAUACCAGCCAUCCGUCCACCACCACCACCGCCCCCACAAGCAGUGGCCGCUUAUCCUCCUCCACCACCUCAAACAGCUUGGCCGCCUCAGCCACAACCACACGGCCUCCCUAUGCAGUUCAGACCGCACCCUCAAGCCAUGCCACCGCCUCCUCCCUCGGUUCAUCAUCAAGCUGGUUCAAGGCCUCCGCUGCCGAUGGGACCGCCCCAGCACGUGUGGCCGCCGCAACAAAUGGUGGGUGGUCUUCCCAUGCAUCAUCAUCAUCAUCACAUGUCGAUGCCACCUCAACCACCACAAGCUUGAUUAAAAAAAAAACCCAUGUAUCGUUCGUUGGUGGGUUGUGCCCAAGAAACAUUAGUUUUGUGUUUUUUUUUUCUAGAGACUGCUCCAAAUGCCCAUAUGAAACGACCAUAUGUAAACCCUAUCUUGCACAACAAGUAAUCUCAAUUUUUGACUUUUGAGCUC